AUGCUAAUCGUAAGACAGGAACUGAAGGUGGCCUUGUGCCGCUACGCCUCGGACACCCUCUCCUCCAUCCACACUGCGAGGAGAUUCUGCCAGAGGUUCGACAAGUGGAUGCUCCGGAGGGAAACGGAGCUGGAGAUGAUGAUGGACAUCAAAGACAGGACUGACCAGCUCAAUACAAGCCUCAAAGAGGUCGGCAAGUCCGAGAGCAAAGGGAGCGCCUUCGGUCGCUAUCUGAAGAACCUGUUCACCCCGGCAUAA